GGGGCGCCGUCGGGUUGGGCGGCGGCGGCGGCAGCGGCGGCGGCGGUGGCGGUCGGGAACCCGGCCUGAGCCUCGGAGCGAGUGGCGUGACUCCGGCCGUGGUCACCAUGUCCGCGCCGUCCGAGGAGGAGGAGUACGCGCGGCUAGUGAUGGAGGCGCAGCCGGAGUGGCUGCGCGCGGAGGUGAAGCGGCUGUCGCACGAGCUGGCCGAGACCACGCGUGAGAAGAUCCAGGCGGCCGAGUACGGGCUGGCAGUGCUUGAGGAGAAGCACCAACUCAAACUGCAGUUCGAGGAGCUCGAGGUGGACUACGAGGCCAUCCGCGGCGAGAUGGAGCAGCUCAAGGAGGCAUUUGGUCAGGCCCACACGAACCAUAAGAAGGUGGCUGCAGACGGUGAGAGCCGGGAAGAGAGUCUGAUCCAGGAGUCAGCUUCCAAGGAGCAGUACUACGUGCGCAAGGUGCUGGAGCUGCAGACAGAGCUGAAGCAGCUGCGCAACGUGCUUGCCAACACCCAGUCAGAGAACGAGCGCCUGGCCUCAGUGGCCCAGGAGCUGAAGGAGAUCAACCAAAAUGUAGAGAUUCAGCGUGGCCGCCUGCGGGAUGACAUCAAGGAGUACAAGUUCCGGGAGGCCCGCCUGCUGCAGGACUACUCGGAGUUGGAGGAGGAGAACAUCAGUCUGCAAAAGCAGGUGUCUGUGCUCAGGCAGAACCAGGUGGAGUUUGAGGGCCUCAAGCAUGAGAUCAAGCGUCUGGAGGAGGAGACUGAGUAUCUCAACAGCCAGCUGGAGGACGCCAUUCGGCUCAAGGAGAUCUCGGAGCGGCAGCUGGAGGAGGCGCUGGAGACGCUGAAGACAGAGCGGGAGCAGAAGAACAGUCUGCGCAAGGAGCUGUCGCACUACAUGAGCAUCAAUGACUCCCUCUACACCAGCCACCUGCACGUCUCCCUGGACGGCCUGAAGCUUGGUGAUGACGCCGAAGCCCUGGCCAACGGCUUCGAGCACGGUGGCCUGGCCAAGCUGCCACUGGACAACAAGACCUCCACGCCCACCAAGGACGGCCUUGCUCCACCUUCCCCCAGCCUCGUUUCUGACCUCCUCAGUGAGCUCAACAUCUCUGAGAUCCAGAAGCUUAAGCAGCAGCUAAUGCAGAUGGAGCGGGAGAAGGUGGGCCUGCUGGCAACGCUGCAGGACACACAGAAGCAGCUGGAGCAGGCCCGAGGGGCCCUGUCGGAGCGGCACGAGGAGGUGAGCCGCCUCACAGAGACCCUGGGUGCUCUGCGGCGCCUGCAGGCCAGCAAGGAGCGGCGGACGGCCCUGGACAGCGAGAAGGAGCGAGACAGCCACGAGGAUGGUGACUACUAUGAGGUGGACAUCAAUGGGCCUGAGAUCCUGGCCUGCAAGUACCGUGUGGCCCUGGCAGAGGCUGGUGAGCUUCGGGAGCAGCUGAAGGCGCUGCGCAGUGCCCACGAGACCAGCGAGGCCCAGCACACCGAGGAGAAGGGCCGGCAUGAGGCCGAAAGCCAGGCGCUCACUGAGAAGGUCUCCCUGUUGGAGAAGGCCAGCCGCCAGGACCGCGAGCUCCUGUCCCGGCUGCAGAUGGAGCUGAAGAAGGUGAGCGACGUCGCAGGCGAGACACAAGGCAGCCUGAGCGUGGCCCAGGACGAGCUGGUGACCUUCAGUGAGGAGCUGGCCAACCUCUACCACCACGUGUGCAUGUGCAACAACGAGACGCCCACCCGUGUGGUGCUGGACUACUACCGAGAGGGCCCGGCUGGCGCCGGCAGCGGCAGCCCUGAGGCCCGCGGGCGUCGCUCACCUGUCCUGCCCAAGGGGCCGCCUGCCGCAGAGGGUAGGGCCAGGGACAGCAGCCCCUCACCUGGCUCCUCACUGCCCUCGCCCCUGAGUGACCCGCGCCGGGAGCCCAUGAACAUCUACAACCUGAUCGCCAUCAUCCGUGACCAGAUCCGGCACCUGCAGGCCGCCGUGGACCGCACCACAGAGCUGUCGCGGCAGCGCCUGGCCUCACAGGAGCUGGGCCCAGCUGCAGACAAGGACCGGGAGGCACUCAUGGAGGAGAUCCUGAAGCUGAAGUCGCUGCUCAGCACCAAGCGGGAGCAGAUCACCACGCUGCGCACGGUCCUCAAGGCCAACAAGCAGACGGCAGAGGUGGCCCUCGCCAACCUAAAGAGCAAGUACGAGAACGAGAAGGCCAUGGUGACCGAGACCAUGAUGAAGCUGCGCAAUGAGCUCAAGGCCCUCAAGGAGGACGCGGCCACCUUCUCCUCACUGCGUGCCAUGUUUGCCACCAGGUGUGAUGAGUACAUCACACAGUUGGAUGAGAUGCAGCGGCAGCUGGCAGCUGCUGAGGACGAGAAGAAGACACUCAACUCGCUGCUGCGCAUGGCCAUCCAGCAGAAGCUGGCGCUGACCCAGCGGCUGGAGCUGCUUGAGCUGGACCAUGAGCAGACCCGGCGAAGCCGCGCCAAGGCCACCCCCAAGGCCAAGCCUGGCACCCCGAGCCUGUAGAGUAGCUGCUGGGAGGACUCGGCCGCCGGCCCUGUCACACUGCAGCCCCCUCCCCUCCUCUCCCAUGGGCCCACGCAGAGGAAGGAAAGGCAGCCUAAAAGUCCACUUAGAAACGGUUUUGGAUUCUUUUCAAAAUAGCAUUCCCCAAGGUUUUAAUGGCAGAGGAAAUAAGAGCUUUAAUGUUGAGAAUGCCGCCAGCUGCUGCUUGGAAAGGCCUUUGUACAGGCGCUGAAGAACCUGCUUGGACAGCGACCACCAGGCUUGCUUAGGAACCCUCUAGAAACACUCACCACUGGGGUCUCCCUAAUUACAGAUACUCCUUUUUUACCCAAUCCACCUGUGCACUUUUGAUACUUUGAUAUUAUAUUUGCUUCCUUCAUCCCUGGCGUAGAGACGGUCUCAGAUGCCGUAGUCUGUCUCGUGGUCCUGUAGCUCCCAACGGUGUGUUGAUCUGUUAUCAGCACAUGGCACAGAUGUGUCCUCCUAGCGUGUAGCUCUAGACUGUUUAGGUGAAGGCUUCAACUUGGUAAGGAGCCCGGCUAAAUGUAUCCGUGCUGUGGUUCAGCAGCCUUUUAAUUAUACGGCAUUGUGGUUCAUGUUUGAAAUUACAGAUUUUAAAUGCCAUGUUCAUUAAGAAAUCCAGGGUAUUCGGAUUCUGGGGUUUUUCAUAUUGUAUUAUUAUUAUUCUUAGGAAUAGUUCAAUGUAACAAGAAGAAAACUUGACCUUUGCUCUGGUUAAACAGUAAAAGGCACUUGAAAACAAAAAGAUAAAUUAUUGAAUGAGUAGUAUUACCUACAAAUUCCAGAAUUUUCUGGGUUUUAGGACAUUGUGAAGCAUGACUGAUUAACAGAAUUUUAUACAACUGUACCAGUGAAAUUCCAAAUUGGAAUUGUUUUGUUACUCCGGUGGUUGUGCCAAAUUGUGGUACACUUAGAAAAUUCUACAGUCGUCGAUUUUUAGGGUGUUAUAUUUCAACGCCUUUUUGUUAGUAAUCAUUGCCAGUAGUGCCUUCAUCAGUUUAGGGAGGUGUCCCAGCGUAGUUUAUUCUCUAAAAUGGACAGUGAAGAGCUAGUUGGGAAUGUUGAAGGCCAGUGUGGACCAAUCAGUGUGAACAGGUGCACACCUUCUAACCUGACCCUGGGCAUCUUCACUGAGGGAAAGAAAACAGCAAUUGUGCAAAAUUCUGUUAGUCAGUGAUUCUUUACUGUGCAGAUCCUUGCAAAUUCAGGGGCUGAGAAAACGAAAGUGAACACAAACCUUGAGUGUGCUUUGGGAACCAAAUGGACUUUAUGGGACAAGCUAAGCAAGCUAUGUGAACAACACGCCACGUUUGUGAAGAGUGGGGCGGGUGGCAGGGGAGCCGGCACCGUCGGCCCCGUGCAUUGGGGUGAGGGCUAGCCAUAGUAUUCUUUGCAAAUGUGAGAGAGAGACAUUAUAUAUUCUCUUGCUUGGUGUUAACUAAUCACUGUUAAUUUCAGGAAACAGAAGUCACUAAAGCUCCUUAGCAAACCAGAUCUGUGUCCUGUCCUGAUUUGCUGAGUGAGGUUGUGCAAGUGGUCAAAUUGGUACUCAAGGAGGAGGAAGAAGAAAAGGUGUCCUCUCUCCUCCAAAAUACAGGACAAAUUAUAAUAAUAUAAGGAGCAAGAAGAGAAGAAUUCUGUUUCCUGGAAUAAGCAUUUUUAUUCCUAGUUGUAGGGACCCCUAUUUUUACCUUCUCUUACAGUGUUGAUUCAUAAGAAAUAAUGUUACAUUUACAAAAACUUCAUCUGUACGGGGUAUUUAUUUGCAAUGAUGUCUGUGUACUGUAUAUUUUCUGUGCAUUACCUUAGUGUCAGAAUGUUGUCUUUAUUUUAAGAUCAUAUGCAUGUUCUCCUGCCAAGGAACCUUUACACAGACCCAAACAAACAAAAAUGCCUUCAGAUUCUGAGAAAAUGAGGCACAGCAUGGAAAAGGAAUAGGAAGGAGAAAUCAGUCACAACUUGGGACACAGGCAUAUGGCACAAAUGUCUGUAAAGCCAGUGCACAUAGGAACAGUGGGCCUGGGUAAAGGGUCACGUUGGUAGGACCAGUAAAUAAAGAAUAAUAAAAAGACAAAGCACAA